ACCACUGAUGAUUGGCGGUUACGAGCGUUGCGCGCCCUCGAUGUGUUUUACUCUCGUAGCCGGUUCACCCAUUCACAUGUAAAUGAACUGCCAUGUAUACCUAGUUCUUGCCCCCUCGGAGCAGCAUUAAGGAGCCCAGUCUCUCUGCAAGCUUUGUUGGCCGCUGGGAUCGCCCGGCCAUCUGUCCCACCCAUUGACAAGCUGUAACGGCUCUUUGGAUUACACACACCACGCUCCAGUCCAGUGGUCUUCUGGCAGCGCCUGGGUUAAACUCCAACAACAUGGCCCCCAUCCGUAACAACAAAAACGGAGUGGACAGAGGUGAUAACUGCAGUGGGAUCAAACCCGACAGAAAGAUGAGGAAACCUCUGGUCGAGAAGAAAAGAAGGGCUCGCAUCAAUGAAAGUUUACAAGAACUCAGAGUUCUCAUCGCGGAUACAGACUUGCAAUCAAAGAUGGAGAACGCCGAAGUGCUGGAGAUGACAGUGAAACGUGUGGAGAGCAUCCUGCAAAACCGGGCUCAAGAAGUGGACGCCGUGAACCGGGAGGCCUGUGAGCGGUUUGCUGCAGGCUACAUCCAGUGUAUGCAUGACGUGCACACUUUUGUGUCCACCUGUCCGGGAAUUGACCCAGUAGUAGCCGCGGAGCUGCUGAACCACCUCCUGGAGAGCAUGCCCCUGAACGACGAAGAACCCCUCAGGGUGGUGCUACCGGACACGGUAGCAGAGUGCCUCGGCAGCAACAGCACUUGGUCCCUGUCUGAGAGCAUGUACACAGCCCUGCUAUCCCCAGCCCCCUCCACCAUCUCCACCGAUGAUCUCUGCUCUGACCUGGAUGAGACUGACUCAGAGCAAAGUCAUGUUUCUUCUUCAGAGGAGGCUGACAGCCAGGAUGUAUUGAGCUUGCCCUCCUUAAUUCACUCCAAGUCAGUGUGGAGGCCAUGGUAGAUCAUGUAAAAAAGGAAAGGCAUGUUUUAAACUACAGUAAAUGAUUUAUUGCUUUGUGUUAGGAUGUUUUGUGGGGUAAGCCUCAGUAGUUACAUGACAAAUGCACUGCUGAGAUGACAACUUUCAAAUGUGUUGAAAGGCAUCUGAGAAGCUCUUUGUAAUUAUUGGGGAACUACAAAAAAAUCCUAAAAUGUAUUUAAUAAAGUGUGUAAUAAAAUCUGUGUUGCAGAGGUCAGAGACCUCUAGGGUCUUCAUUUGGAAGUGUAUUGGUCUUGUAUGGGCCUGCCUUCAGUGAAGGGGUAAAUGCAUUGUGUAAAUAUUUACUUGUUGAAUAUGACUGGGCUGUAUAGACGUUAACUGUCCCACUAGAAAUGAGUUUUGUUAGUCGUGUAAAUUAUUUUAUGUAGGAUGUGUUUAACUUUGUAUUUAUAAGUGUCAUGAUUGUUAGUAGGCUACCUCACCUCAUACGUUUCAAUAAAUCUUUUUGACAAAC